UUUCAGCUGAUAUAUUGUGGGUGUACACCGGUCCCGCUAAAUGGUUUACAAGUCAAGUUAUAUACAGUGCUUACGUCGCCUUAGAUACAUUCUUUUUCCUGGGCGGUCUCCUUGUUGCCUAUACAGGGUUCAAAUACAUGGCAAAGUCUGUUGGAAGAGUGAACUGGUUAAUUGCAAUAGUUCAUCGUUAUCUCAGAAUAACACCGGCAAUGGCCGUCAUGAUUCUUUUAUACACCUUUGUGUACCCGUAUCUUGGUGAGGGACCUUUCUGGCAUUUACGAGUCCAAGAUACCCUAGCCUGUUACGAUUGGUGGUGGACCAACUUCCUUUACAUCAACAAUUUCGUGCCAUCGAAUACAUCCUCCGGGUGCUUAUCCUGGUCAUGGUAUCUUGCCACGGACAUGCAGCUAUUUCUGCUUUCAAUCAUCCUCAUCGUUCUCAUCUGGUGGUUUCCAGUUAUUGGCAUCUUUGUAUUAUGUCUUCUGACAGUCACCAGUAUCAUCAUACGUGCUGUUCUCUUUUCUGUGAGGGAGUACCAAGCAACUCAAUUUGCCAAUGCACUAGUCGGUCAUCAUGGUGAUAUGUCCAUGUUCAUCUUCUCUGUAAAGCCUUAUGCUAAUGCCACGCCAUACUUGAUCGGUAUUGCCAUGGGAUAUAUUCUGCAUAUACUAAAGAACAAAAGAGUUCCAAGAUUGCAUGUGAUCAUAGUUGUACUUGGUUGGUUGACAUCCUUUGCCAUUGGAAUGUCCCUGGUGUAUGGUCUGUAUAGUAUUUUCGAUCACCCAGGGAUGGAGCUCGUUCCUCUGGACAAGACUCUUAAUGUUCUGUAUGGCAGCAUCGGCAAACUUGCCUGGACAUUGGCUAUGUCCUGGGUAGUCUUCUCCUGUCAUCAUGGCUACGGAGGUGUGAUAAAUCGAUUUCUUUCCUGGAGAUUGUGGAUCCCUUUGUCUCGAUUGACGUUCUGUGCGUAUCUACUACAUCCUGCUAUUAUUUAUCUCUUCACUGGAACCGUUACAACGAGCUACAAUGUAACCGUCAUCGAUCAGGUAGGCCAGUGUACAGCAUGGUUUACCAAGUAAACUUACUGAUUGAAAAGAAAAUAAUGAAUUGUAAUAUAUGGAACAACCUAUUUUCAUUUAACCAUUGGUGUCGAUGACUGACAUGUAUUUUGUU